AUGGAUAGUAAAGGAGAGACGCGAGACGAUAUGAUGUUACUCGGACUCUCGGAGCCCCUUGCCUUGCUUGUUGCACGACGAUUUGCCGCGGCAAAGAAUGCUGGAUCGCUGGUCUUCUCGCAGACGGAGGUGACUUCACUGCAGUCGUCUACUGUUCCCCCCCUCGACGAAGCUGCUCUCUCCAUAUUGUCUCUGUAUGCUGACGUCGAUUGGCAGUUCCAACUCAGAUACUGCCCCGCGUUGGCUGUGAAACCGACGAACAACAGCCCUCUGCAGCCGGCGAGCACCGCUGCUUCACUUCCUGCGAAACCAAAGAAAGUUGACCCUUUCGAAAACCCCCAUACAGACCUCCUGGUGGCUCAGAUACCGGCCUCAGAUCCCACUCAUAUCCUUGUUCUCAACAAAUUUCCUGUUAUCCCAAACCAUUUCAUCCUGGCAACGAAGGUCUUUAAACCGCAGACACAUCUUCUGGAGGCCGAUGAUCUCCAUGCAGCAUUUGCAUGCCUGAAGGAAUGGGAAAAGCCGACGGGUGAGCUGCGUGGUGACGAGAAUGUGCAAGCCGCAAAGCAGCGGAAACGCCUUUUUGCCUUCUUCAAUUCUGGCGAACACAGUGGUGCAAGCCAGCCUCAUAGGCACCUGCAAUUCCUCCCCGUCGAGGACAUGCACCAAGCUGAUGAUGUAGCAAACUGGCAGCCUCUAAUCGAUGGUGGGAACCAUGCUGAGGAGAAGGAUAAUUCAGAACAAUUGCAGCAGCCAAAGCUGCCAUUUGUCACAUAUACCGCACCUUUGUCACCGAAUCCAACCCCGGAGGAGUUGCAUCGAUCGUACCUUUCUUUGUAUGCAAUGGCUGUCACCGCUGCAGCUCAGCAUUCUGAGUCACUGUUAAAUGGGAUUUCAGCAUCAAGGGCGCUGGGAACUGAGGGUGAAGCUGCAAUAAGCUACAAUCUAGCUAUGACAACGUCAAAGAUGAUGAUUUGCCCUCGCAGGAGUGAACACGCCUGGCUUCCAUUGGAACCGGAGAUGAAGAAAGGCCUGGUUGAUGAGGGGCUGGUGAAGCUUAAUGGGACCAUUCUCGCAGGAACACUCAUGGUUAAAGCUGAAGCAGAGUGGAAUACCCUCAGACAGCAGCCAUCUAUGCUAGAAAAUGUACUCAGCUCGGUUGGAAUCCCAACCUAG